CUCCCUUAGAAAAACAAAACUAGACUGACCACGCGGAAACAAGCUACCUGGUGGUGUACAUUAAAUACUUGUGCUGCUGUUAUUCAGCAUUGACAACGUUCAGACCACGGUCGGUUCAGGCCUGGAGAAACAGCUUGAAUCCAGUAUGUGCUCGGUCGUUGGAUGUUAUCAGGGCUGUGGCCGUGAACAGCUGUUCAGGUUACCAGAAGAUGUAGAGACGAGGCUGGCAUGGGUUCAGUUUCUCGCCACAGCAAACGAACAGCGUUUCAAAGAGUCGUCCUGUAUGGACAUUUCUAUCUGUAUACGACACUUUAAAGAUGACUGUUUUGAAAAUCAUUGGGCUUCGACAGAUAAUGUCCACAUAACGUUAAAACCCAAGGCAGUCCCAUCUGUAUCCAUUAAGAUGAUAGAGUCAGGUGAGCCUGUUCCACAUCUGGAGAGCCAGAAAUGUGAGGAGCCCUUGGAAAACAUUGACAUUGCAAAGCAUAAUCAGCUGAAAACUGGAGAUGAUCCAACCUAUCCAGAAGAACCAAAGCCAUGGAUUUCAAAUGAAGCUCAAGAUAGCGCAACCCCAAGGAUUAUCUCAUGUUAUAGUGAGGCUGAGGUAUCCCAUUGUCAGCAUUCACCUGAUAAAGCAGCCUAUAAGUUGGAGCCACCUGAUAGUACAACUUCCUGCUCUGAAGAAUCAAAGCCAGCUUCAUUGGCUGCCAAAGGAAGCAGAGUCCGGAUUGGAUUCUCAUCUGCAACUGAUUCUUCAGAUGCUUUUAUGUCCAUACAUGAAAAUUUACAACCAAAUAAUGUGAGCACUGAUUUGACCAGAGAAAAAGCUGCAUGUCCACAGACGAAAGGAAUUUAUAUCGUAAAUGAAAAACUCCACCCACAGUUAUUUAACCCAAAGUGCCCGUCAUGUGGCUGCAAACUUCAGAUGGAGAAGGUCACUCAUAGGGGGCUUAUCGUCUAUAACGCCUAUAAGUGCCCUCAGUGUGAGUGCAGAAACCAGUGGAAAAGCCAGGUCAAUGCCACUUUUCCAACAGAUGAAGACCAACAGCCAGCAGAAAGUAUAUAUGUCAUUCAAGAGACCCAACAGGUCACACAGUCAGAUCACGCCUAUAGCAGUACCACAGAGGUCCCUCAGAGUGUGAAUGUUGGUGAUGUGGAAAGCGAUCACAUGGAGGAAUCAGAGGAAUCCAGCUUUGAGGGUGAUGAUGAUUCAGACGAGGACUGGAAUCCAACUGACCAGGUUGUACUUGAGAAUGAGCUUCAAGAAAUCCCUGAGAAGGGGAGUGACUCUGAAGAGGAGAAGAAUGAUGAUGAAGAUGGUGAUGCAAAUGACCGAGCCAAGAGGAAGCUCUGCACAGAUUGUGGACGCUUUUGCUAUAAAAGGUCUCACACAUGUGAGCACAAAAUUAAGCUUUUUUCUUGCAAUAUUUGUGGAAAAAGAUGCACCAAUAAGGUUACUCUAAAGCUGCACAUGAAAAUCCACAGUGAAGACUAUGUGCAUCCAUGCAAAUUCUGUUGUGUAACAUUCAAAACAAAGGCAGAUAAAAUCACUCAUGAGCGGACUCACAGCAUUGGUCAAAAGCCUUAUAAGUGUCCUGACUGCUCAGAGAGGUUUGCUACAUAUAAGAAACAAAGAAUUCACCUGAAGAUUCACAAAGAUCCUCCACAGUAUAGAUGUAGCCACUGUGGGAUGGAAUUCAAAAGUGAGGGUUAUCUUCAGAGACACUUGUUUGUGCACACUGGAGAGAAGCCACACAAGUGUUCAGUGUGCCAACGUGGCUUCAACCAGGCAAGCCACCUGAAAUCCCAUAUGCGCAUGCACACAGGGGAGAAGCCUUUUCAGUGUCAGUGUUGUGACAAAAGUUUUAAUCACAAUGUGAGUUUGAAGAGUCAUGUCCAGCGUUACCACACAGCCAAAUCUGGAGGAGAGCAGAAUAACAGCAAACAAAACAAAACUUCAACAAACAAGAGAGUUGCUGAUUCAGGGCAUGGCAAUUCAGAUGAGGAACAGGAUACGAUGCACACAGAGGAAAUACACAUAUAUAAGUAUAACAGAAGAAGCAUAGGCAGACCCAAAGGAAUCCCCAAUGACCAAAAAACAGUUAAUAAGACUCGCAAACAACCAGUGCAGAAGGCAAAAAGAAAGAAGAUCAAUACAAAAGAAAGUGAAGAUGAACCAAGUGACAGUAACAGUGAUAUGUUUGUGGAUGCAGCAGAGGAGGAAGAGAACAGAGGCAAGAAGACAACAAGGCAAACAACAAGGUCGAGAAGGAGAGUAAAAAAAUGUUGAACGCUACACAGAUUUUGACCCACAGGAAAAAAAAAAGAAAAAGAGGUAGACCGCUAGUUAGAAGAGUAGAGCUUUGGGAGGCCCAGUAUAAGACCAAGGAAAAGUCUGAAGGGCUGUUCUUUAAAACAACAGAGCUUGAUAAUUAAUCUAGUUUAAACUAGUUUCCUUGAUGAUUACCUUUAAGUUUGAGGGCAUUUAGUAAUGCAUAAAGUUUGGUUUGACUUAUAAUUUUAAUUUUAGGUAUCUAAGAUGUAUAAGACAGUUGAGGUGUAGGUAUUUGGUGUUAAAUGUUAUUAGCAUUGUAAUUUCCCUUCUGAGAUUCAGCUGCAGGAUAUGCAUUCAGAUCUUUAGCAUACUUGGUCAUACCUUGGUGUUUUGAAGUACUUUGUCACAUGUUAAAAAAAUCUAUUCAAAUCAUUCCUCAAGUUAAGUGCACAAAUGAUGGCAUUGACGCAAAUCUAAUUUCUGGUAUUAAUGUGUUGGUACAUAUCGUAGACUGGUUGAAAUGACACUAGACAACUUGUCAUACUUGGUUCGCAGGGAUUCUUUUAGAAUUCCAUCAUGGGAAUAAAUAAUUUUUUUUCUAUAUUCA